GACGGCAAUGCUGACUCCGCCCAUGCGAGCUGCGCGCGUACCACAUAUGUGCCCUCCCUGGCAAUCACGUGACCGGGAAGAAAAAAGGGAAAGAAAGAAGGAAGAAAGAUAAUGGGGACGAGAUAAACAACGGUGAGACUAUCUGCGUGACAGGAGGAGGCGUCUUUAUCAGCAGAGAGAAAACGACAGAGAAGAUGCAGACAUGUUAAGUUAUUAGCUCCAGAUGUGAUGGGAGGACAGUGGUGGAUGUCUGCUGGAUAUGAGAUAAACACGUAAAUAAAGAAGCUGCUGAGGAAAAGGAGGAGGGGUGAAGAUGAAGCUAAAUGAACGCAGCGUGGCGCACUACGCCACCUGUGACUCACCACCAGACAAAACUGGCUUCCUGUUUAAAAAGGGCGAGCGUAACACAGCGUAUCACCGGCGCUGGUUUGUCCUGAAGGGUAACAUGCUCUUCUAUUUUGAGGAGCGUGACAGCCGAGAGCCCAUCGGUGUCAUCGUCCUUGAAGGAUGCACCGUGGAGCUGUGUGAGUCAGCCGAGGAGUUCGCCUUCGCCAUCAAGUUUGACUGUGCCAAAGCACGGGUGUACAAGAUGGCUGCUGAGAACCAAGCAGCCAUGGAGUCGUGGGUGAAGGCUUUGUCAAGGGCAAGCUUUGACUACAUGAGGCUGGUGGUGAAGGAGCUGGAGAGGCAGCUGGAGGAGAUCCAGGAGGCUGCGGGAGGCGGCGGUGUCGGGGCCGGAGUGGGAAGCCUGCAGGGCAGGCCUAAGCACUCUAAGCGAAACCAGGUGGCUCGGCCCAGGUCUGGAGCAUCCUCUUCUUCAUCAUCGUCAUCUUCCUUGUCAUCAUCAUCAUCAAGUGCUCCUCCCAUGUCAGGCCCCUUCUCUACCCAGAAGAGCCUCCAGGAUGAGGUGCAGCUCAUCUCUGAUGGUUCCAAGGAGAAUGGAGUUGCGUGGAGUAAACCACCAGUUGCCUUGGCUAAUGGCUUUGUUGAAGGAGCGUCGUCCUGUGUGGCCUGGGAAGCCUGUGCAGACUCUGGGAAUAACACUAUGAUUUGUUACGGGGGUGAUGGAGUGAGGGCUCCACCAGUGCCACCCAGGAGAAGAGGAGCAUCUCUGGAAAGCCCCGUCUCCCCGGGCACUGGCUGCUUCUCCAAACUCCAUGACUGGUACGGCAAAGAGGUGGAAGAACUGAGAGUGCAGUGGCUGCAGAGCCAGUGAAGUAACAGAGAUGGAUUAUCUCUUUUUCCACAGUGAUAUCAUUCCUUCCUGAUCAUUCUGAAAUAUUUCACCCCUCUGAACUCAACAGAAGGGCGACAAAACUGAGACUUAUUUGCAAAUUGCAGCCUUAUCACCAAUCAAAAAAAGAAACAGAAAUCUGAGAUUGAUUCCAGAUCUUGUCUGGCACAGGGGAAUCAAUCUGUCUUAAACAUUAACACUAUCCAUUGUACAAUCCAAGAAACUGAAGACACAAAUAUGCUCUUUUCCACAGUUUUUAGUGUCAUUUGCCAAGGACAAUGAAAAACGUUAAGAAUACAGUAUUUAAAAUGGUAAUCACUCAUUAGCAGCAUCAUUUUUCUCUGUCAAGACGCUGAAUAGCUUGGCCUUGAUUAUCUGUGUAGCACAUACAAUUCAGAAAACAAUGCUGUUCUGUUAUUAUGUUGCCAAUGUUCAAGAUUUAUUCUGCCCGUUUAGUUUCCAAAUACUCCAGAUAUGUGCAAUUGUUUAGGGGUCACUUCUCUUAAAAGCUGUAAGAGUGUUUCUAUAGUUACACAUGCAAACUACAGUGCUAUGCAUUUAAAAAAAAAAAAAAUACCAAAAAUAACCCAACAACAAAUAACUGCUAAGAUCACUUCUUCUGAUCCCAGCUCAGGAUGGUUGGGGUGUUUUUGUUAUAUGCAAAUGAAAUAAAGAAGACCACGUAAACGAUCUACAGACAUUGCACAAAACAAAUCCACAUGGAUCUGGUUGCUAUGGUGACACGUAAUCCAUGGAUGAAGGUAACAGGGAAUCCUGCAGCUGUACAAUUGAUGAUGAACAGCAGGGCAGCUGCUUGUACAGUUUUUAUAAUCUAAUGGCAGAGGCACCAGGACAGUUAACAGCAUUUAAAGGGACAGUUCACCCCAAAAUCCAAAUACAUUUUCCCCUUACCUGUAGUGCUAGUUAUCAAUCAAGGAUGCGUUCAGAAAUAGUCACUCCGAGUACUGGAGCGCACUGUGGCACAAAAUGGACCAUUCGUAAAUUUGGAGCGCUGUUAAAAUGUACUAUUCAGAUAUUCAGAACACCACACUUUCAGAGCAGCAGAGCAUCAUGUGGAGUGACUGUUUCAUUAACUACAUGGUUUUUUAGUUCACGAAGAAAUAUAAGGCUCUGUUUUUUCGAACGACAGCACUCUCAUUGGAGUGUUGUGCUUCAAAUUGGAUUUAGGAACACACUCCUACAUUGUUGGUGUGACUGUUGGAGUUAUCAGGUGUCUGCCUUCUCUCCACUAUAAUGCUACUAGAUGGCACUCAGCUUGUGGU